AUGUCGGACGCACAAGGGGGCGCCGUGCUGGUGGGCAGCAGCCCUUCCGCAGCAGCAGCAGCGGGAGCAGCAGCUGCUGCAAAGGCAGCUGCAGCAGGUGGACCGCCAGCAGCAGCAGCAGCAGCAGCAGCAGCAGCAGCAGCAGCAGCAGAUGAGGAUAAAGAGGGGGAAGCUGUGCCCCCCGAAUUUGAAUGUCCCAUUUGCAUUAAGAUUUUGCUGCUGCCAGUCACGACUCCCUGCGGCCACAACUUCUGUAGACCCUGCAUUGAAGAGGCUUUGAACUAUCGCCCAAUGUGUCCCCUCUGUCGGGCUCCUUUGCUGCACUGUUCGCUGCCGGGAGAGCCAGGCAGCAGCAGCAGCAGCAGCAGCAGCAGCAGGACCACGCUGCGGGUUAACUCUUUGCUGCAGCAGCUGCUGGAGGCUCAGUACCCCAGAGUGAUGCGCAAGCGAGCAGCAGAAGUAGCAGCAGCAGCAGCAGCAGCAGCAGCUGCUGCUGCUGCUGCUGAGGUAGCCAUUGGCGGCCCGCAAGACUCCGGCGCCCAGCAGCGGCAGCAGCAGCAGCUGCUGCCGCUCUUCUUUGCCCUAGGGGACCAGCUGCAGCAGCAGCUGCAGCAGCAGCAGCAGCAGCAGCAGCAGCAGCAAACUCGCAGGGGGCCCCUCGCCCUAAGGGCCUGCCCCUUAAUGCCGGGGGAAACAACAGUGCUGCACAUUUUUGAAGAGAAGUACAUACACCUCAUCCGACUGGCCCUUCAGGGCUCGCAGCACUUCGGACUUGUGCUGCCGCCGGUGGAGCAGCAAACAGUGCAGCGGCCGCUGCCGCAGACCCCGGGGCUGCCGCGGAGGCCGCGCGCUGCAGCAGCAGCAGCAGCAGCAGCAGCAGCAGCAGCAGAUGAGGGGCUGGCGGAGUCCGCAGCAGCAGGAGUUUUUGGCUGCUGCAUGCAAAUUGAAAGCCAUUCGCUGCUGCAGCACGAAGAGGCCCUCAGCAGCAGCCCGAGGGGCUCUUGUGUGGUGACUUGCACUUGCAAGAACCGCUUCCGCCUGCUGGACAUAAUGCUGCAGCAGCAGCAGCAGCAGCAGCAGCAGCAGCAGCAGGGGCAGCGGCAGCAGCUGCAGCAGGAGGAGGAGGAGCCGCUGGAAGCAAAACUUGCUGCUGCAAUUGCUGCUCCCAGCUUCAGUGUCUGCAAUUGCUGCUCCCAGCUUCAGUGUGGGCAUUUGCUACCCCAUUGUGGACCCCUUAUCCCCCCAGAAGCAGCAGCAGCAGCAACAGCAGCAGCAGCAGCAGCAGCAGCAGCAGCAGCGGCACCUGCUGCGCCUGCUGCAGCGUUGGGCAGCGACGGAGCAGCAGCAGCUGUGCCACCAGAAGUACCAUCAGCAGCAGCUCCAUCUGCAGCACUCACUGCCGCACAAGCAGAUCCCCAGCAGCAGCAGCAGCAGCAGCAGCAGCAGCAGCAGCAGCAGCAGCAGCAGCAGCAAACGGAAGUGGACCAGUGGUUACUUUCCCGCGUCGAUGGGACCACCAACUUACCUGAAGUGUUUCUUGCAGUUAAGGCAUUCCUUACAAAUGGCAGCAGCCCCGAGGGCCCCCAGGGGGCCCCUGGGGGCCCCACAGACCGCCGAGCCCACUUUUAA